AACUCCCAACAUGAUCCUGGACUGGCCUAUCAGUUUUCGUUUUCCUCUACUCCCCCAAGAGUCCAAGAUCCUUUCUUUGCUUUUACACUAUUAGUAGAUCCUCUUGUUUGUGGCGUCCGACACUGCGUGUUCUUUACUCUUCACUCACCACUCACCUGUGCCCAGUCCCAGUCCUAGUUGUUUCCUCUGCUUUGAUUUGCGUUCUCUUAAGAAUUACUCUUAGCUUCAACCUGCUAAGAAGUUGCUAUCUGGAUGGCUUCAAUUCUUGCUAAGCUGCCUCCUCCACCACUGUUUGCUAAUGGACGGCACCUCCUUUUGAGUACUCUUCAGAAAGUUACAGCGCCUGGCAUUGGAGGUAGGCAAGGUCAGUUUGCUUUUGUUGCAAAGGCUACAAGUGACACCUCUGAUGAAUCUUCAACCUCUCUUGUGAAGUCUGUUCAAAGUGUUUGGGAGAAAUCUGAAGAUCGGAUUGCUGUAAUUGGGUUGGGAUUUUCCGCAAUAGUGGGCCUUUGGGCAAUUGUGAAUUUUGUCUCGGCCAUCGACAAGCUCCCUCUCAUCCCAACUGCACUUGAAUUGGUCGGGAUACUAUUUUCUUCUUGGUUCGUCUAUCGUAAUCUAUUAUUCAAACCCGAUCGGGAAGAGUUUUUUCGCAGCGCGAACAAGUCACUAUCGGAUAUCUUGGGCGGCCGAUAGCGUUUAUCAUGUAUACGGCAAUGAAUUUAUAAACAUAUAUCCUGUCUCCUUUUAUGUUUCUUAAACGAUAGACAUUCAAAUCAACAUAAGUGCAUAAUACUCUGUUCUUAGCUCAGCGCUAUGAGAACGAGUGGGAACAUGUUCUAUUUCAUUACAGACACCCAACAUGCCGGAUCCUUGGCUGAAGCAUUUAGCCGACUGGAGAGCAUUUUCUCAAGUCUUUAACCACAGAGAUUGACAGCCAGUUUUGGAGAAAA